UUUCCUCUCCGGUGUUACAGAGCCUAAAUUUCCCACAAAAAGAUAUAAUUUAUAUUAUAAAAUUUUUGGCACAGAAACCAAUACAACCCCAGUAGGACACCGCAGAGUUAAUAAGAUUCCUCUAAAGCUGGAUCAAAAUUGAUGGUUUUUCUGCUUUUAACAACCACACAGUUGAAACCUCCGCUAUAAGACUCCUCCCUCCUCUGUCCCUUCAAAAGCUCAAUUCUUUUCUCUUCUCUUCUCCCCUCCACCCUUCUAUUUGACCCCUAGUCCAACAUACUCUUACUAAACAGUCUCACAGAUACCCUCCCUCUCCCACUGCCUCUCUACUAGCGCUUUUCUUCUUUCUUUCUUUCUUUCCAAUCUCUAUACAUGCACCUUCUCUAGCAGCGUAGAUCUCUCUCCUUCAAUGGCAAUACACCCGCAAGCUGUUUCUACUGAAGAUUGAUACUAUAGAAUCUUUCUUGAGUCAAUCCAGUUGUUUCCGGGAGUUUUAUUUGAUUUCUUGGCCGUUGGAGGGAGGAGAGGGGCUCUGUUUUUGGGGACCAAAAUGGCAGCAGAGACUGUAGAUACUACCACUACUACUAAUACUAGUUCUAAAGCAUCAUUGCCCGAGGCAGAGAAGAAGAAAGAACAAAGCUUGCCAUUUUACCAUCUUUUCUCAUUUGCUGAUAAGUAUGAUUGGCUGCUUAUGAUCUCUGGUAGCUUAGGAGCCAUUAUUCAUGGCUCUUCAAUGCCAGUCUUUUUCUUGUUGUUUGGUGAAAUGGUUAAUGGGUUUGGGAAGAACCAAUCUGAUUUGCCAAAAAUGACCCAUGAAGUCUCCAAGUAUGCACUAUAUUUUGUAUAUCUUGGCCUUGUUGUGUGCAUAUCAUCAUACGCAGAGAUUGCUUGCUGGAUGUACACUGGGGAGAGGCAAGUAGGCACACUGAGGAAGAAGUAUCUAGAGGCUGUGUUGAAACAAGAUGUUGGGUUCUUUGAUACGGAUGCAAGAACUGGAGAUAUUGUCUUUAGUGUCUCAACGGACACUCUUCUUGUCCAAGAUGCCAUCAGCGAGAAGGUGGGGAACUUUAUACACUAUUUGUCAACAUUUCUAGCCGGGCUAGUGGUUGGUUUUGUAUCAGCAUGGAGGCUAGCACUGCUAAGUGUGGCAGUGAUACCAGGAAUAGCUUUCGCUGGUGGCUUAUAUGCUUAUACUCUUACUGGUCUCACAUCCAAGAGCCGCGAAUCCUAUGCACAAGCCGGCAUAAUUGCCGAGCAGGCAAUUGCGCAAGUUCGGGCAGUUUACUCAUACGUUGGAGAGAGCAAAGCCUUAAAUUCAUAUUCAGAUGCAAUACAAAAUACUUUAAAGCUUGGAUACAAGGCUGGGAUGGCUAAAGGUUUGGGGCUGGGAUGUACCUAUGGAAUAGCUUGCAUGUCAUGGGCCCUUGUGUUUUGGUAUGCUGGUGUUUUUAUCAGAAAUGGACAGAGUGAUGGAGGGAAGGCUUUCACUGCGAUUUUCUCUGCCAUUGUUGGUGGCAUGAGUUUGGGCCAGUCAUUUUCUAAUCUUGGGGCAUUUAGCAAAGGUAAAGUGGCUGGAUAUAAGUUGAUGGAAAUUAUUAAGCAAAAGCCUUCCAUAAUUCAAGACCCCUCUGAUGGGAAGUGCUUGCCUGGGGUUAAUGGGAACAUAGAAUUCAAGGAUGUAACUUUUAGCUACCCAUCAAGGCCAGAUGUUAUGAUAUUCCGUGAUUUCUCAAUCUUCUUUCCUGCUGGAAAGACUGUUGCUGUUGUUGGUGGUAGCGGGUCAGGGAAAAGUACUGUUGUCUCUCUGAUAGAGAGGUUUUAUGAUCCUAAUCAGGGACAAGUUUUGCUUGAUAAUGUGGACUUAAAGACCCUGCAACUGAGGUGGUUACGUGAUCAGAUUGGGUUGGUGAAUCAAGAACCUGCGCUCUUUGCAACCACCAUACUUGAGAACAUUUUGUAUGGAAAGCCUGACGCCACAAUGGAUGGAGUGGAAGCUGCUGCUUCUGCUGCAAAUGCACAUAGCUUUAUUACUUUGCUUCCUAAUGGUUAUAACACUCAGGUAGGGGAGCGAGGAGUCCAACUUUCUGGUGGCCAAAAACAAAGAAUCGCAAUUGCUAGAGCUAUGUUGAAGAAUCCAAAGAUCCUACUUCUUGAUGAAGCUACUAGUGCCCUUGAUGCAGGCUCUGAAAGCAUUGUUCAAGAAGCAUUGGACCGUCUCAUGGUUGGAAGAACAACCAUUGUUGUUGCACAUCGACUCUCCACCAUUAGAAAUGUUGAUACAAUUGCAGUUAUUCAACAAGGGCAAGUUGUUGAGACAGGAACCCAUGAAGAACUGAUUGCCAAAGGAAGAGCAUAUGCUUCAUUAAUCCGAUUCCAAGAAAUGGCGAGAAAUAGAGACUUUGCAAACCCAUCAACUCGAAGAUCACGCUCAUCACGUCUAAGUCAUUCACUUUCAACAAAAUCUUUAAGUCUCCGGUCUGGCAGUUUACGGAACUUGAGCUAUUCAUACAGUACUGGUGCUGAUGGCCGCAUUGAGAUGAUCUCAAAUGCUGAAACUGACCGUAAAAAUCCAGCACCAGAUGGCUAUUUCUGCAGACUACUCAAGUUAAAUGCUCCUGAAUGGCCAUAUUCUGUAAUGGGUGCUAUAGGAUCUGUGCUUUCUGGGUUUAUUGGUCCAACCUUUGCCAUAGUGAUGAGCAACAUGAUUGAGGUUUUCUAUUAUAGAAAUCCUGCCUCAAUGGAAAGGAAGACAAAGGAGUAUGUUUUCAUUUACAUUGGCGCUGGACUUUAUGCUGUUGUUGCAUAUUUGAUUCAGCAUUACUUCUUCAGUAUUAUGGGAGAGAACCUUACUACAAGAGUGAGAAGAAUGAUGCUGGCAGCAAUUCUGAGGAAUGAAGUCGGAUGGUUCGAUGAAGAAGAGCACAACUCGAGCCUUGUUGCAGCUCGAUUAGCUACGGAUGCUGCUGAUGUAAAAUCUGCAAUAGCCGAGAGAAUAUCUGUGAUACUACAAAACAUGACUUCUCUCCUCACUUCAUUCAUAGUUGCUUUCAUAGUGGAAUGGAGGGUCUCCCUUCUCAUUUUAGCUACCUUCCCUCUUCUUGUCCUUGCCAACUUUGCCCAGCAACUCUCUCUCAAAGGGUUUGCUGGAGACACAGCCAAGGCCCAUGCAAAGACUAGCAUGAUUGCUGGUGAGGGAGUGAGCAAUAUUAGAACUGUUGCAGCUUUUAAUGCCCAAGAUAAAAUCCUCUCUCUGUUCUGCUACGAGCUUCGUGUUCCACAGCUUCGCAGCCUACACAGGAGCCAAACAUCUGGCCUCCUAUUUGGCCUCUCUCAGCUUGCUCUCUAUGCAUCUGAAGCUCUCAUCCUCUGGUAUGGUGCUCACCUUGUGGGCAAAGGGGUCUCCACAUUCUCAAAGGUUAUUAAGGUUUUUGUAGUACUGGUGAUCACAGCUAAUUCAGUAGCAGAAACUGUUAGCCUUGCUCCAGAGAUUAUAAGAGGUGGUGAAUCUGUCGGUUCUGUAUUUUCAGUUUUGGACCGUUCCACCAGGAUUGAUCCAGAUGAUCCUGAGGCUGAGCCUGUUGAAUCAAUGCGUGGGGAGAUUGAGCUUAGGCAUGUUGAUUUUGCAUACCCAUCACGACCUGAUGUACCAGUGUUCAAAGACCUUAGCCUUAGAAUACGUGCUGGCCAAAGCCAGGCCCUUGUGGGAGCUAGUGGGUGUGGAAAGAGUUCUGUCAUUGCACUGAUUGAGCGAUUUUAUGAUCCAACUGCUGGAAAGAUUAUGAUUGAUGGGAAGGAUAUUCGAAGAUUGAAUUUGAAGUCCCUGAGGCUUAAAAUUGGAUUAGUGCAACAAGAACCUGCCCUCUUUGCAGCAAGCAUUUUUGAUAACAUUGCCUAUGGGAAGGAUGGUGCAACCGAAGCUGAAGUAAUCGAGGCAGCACGUGCAGCAAAUGUGCAUGGGUUCGUUAGUGCAUUGCCUGAUGGGUACAAAACACCAGUUGGUGAAAGAGGAGUUCAGCUCUCUGGAGGACAAAAACAGAGAAUUGCAAUUGCAAGGGCUGUUCUUAAGGAUCCAGCAAUACUUUUACUAGAUGAGGCUACAAGCGCUCUUGAUGCUGAAUCAGAAUGUGUGCUACAAGAAGCACUUGAGAGGUUAAUGAGAGGUCGCACCACAGUUCUUGUAGCUCACCGUUUAUCAACCAUUAGAGGUGUGGAUAGUAUUGGAGUAGUGCAAGACGGUCGGAUUGUGGAGCAAGGCAGCCAUUCCGAAUUAAUUAGCCGAGUGGAUGGGGCAUAUUCUAGACUCUUGCAGCUACAGCACCAUCAAAUAUGAGUGAGAGGGAAAGAGGGUUUUGAUGGAAGCAACAUGGCCUUGUUGGUUGGUAAUUAUGUUUGGGGUCCCAUUAACCUUUAUGUUUCCAUUUUUUUUCUUCUUUUUUUUGAAUGAUGAUGACAGUUGUAGAUAUGGAAUGUGUAGACUAUAUCUUGAGAACUAUCACCCCAUUUCCCAUGGGGUAGCAAGUGUUAUAUUAUUAAAUAUCUAAUGGUUCAUAAGCCUGUUGUCUA